AUAGGGAUACACGAAAUCAGGAUAUAACGACAUUAAUUGUCAGUUUUGCACAUCGAAUCAAAGACAGACUCGAAAGAGGAAGAUAUGGCUCCACCGAAACCCACACGUGAGCCGGAGAUAAAAUUCACGCAGAUAUUUAUCAACAAUGAAUUUUGUGAUUCUGUGAGUGGGAAGGUGUUCCCAACUAUCAACCCAUGCACAGGGGACAAGAUUUCUGAUGUCCAGGAGGGAGAUAAGGCAGAUGUCGACAAGGCUGUCAAAGCUGCAAAGGCAGCAGUCAAACGUGGCUCCCCCUGGAGGAGGAUGGAUGCAUCUAAGAGGGGAAAACUCCUUUCUAAGUUUGCUGAACUGCUUGAGAGAGAUAAGGACUAUCUAGCUAGCUUGGAGACAAUUGACAAUGGUAAACCCUACACGGACUCAGUAGAUGAUAUCCAUGCUAGUUCCGAUGUGAUGAGGUAUUAUGCCGGCUGGGCAGACAAAAACAGCGGCAAGACUAUCCCCUCAGAUGGAGAUUUGUUCACUUUCACCAGACAUGAACCAAUUGGUGUUUGCGGACAGAUCAUACCGUGGAAUUAUCCGGUUAUGAUGAUGGCGUGGAAGUUGGGACCAGCCUUGGCCUGUGGUAACUCUGUAGUCCUGAAACCUGCUGAACAGACACCUCUUUCUGCUCUGUACUGUGCUUCUCUCCUCAAGGAGGCCGGAUUCCCGGCAGGUGUAGUGAACAUUGUCCCUGGCUACGGUCCAACAGCUGGGGCGGCAAUAGCAGAACACAUGCAAGUAGAUAAGGUUGCAUUUACUGGUUCCACAGAGGUCGGUAAACUGGUGAUGCAGGCAGCUGGUCGUAGUAAUCUGAAGAGGGUCAGUCUUGAGCUCGGAGGCAAAAGCCCGCUCAUCAUUUUUGCAGACUCUGACAUUGAUGCUGCGGUGUACUGGGCUCACGCUGGUAUCAUGAACAACCAUGGCCAAAACUGCUGCGCAGGUUCUCGUACCUUAGUAGAGGAGAGUAUAUAUGAUGAGUUCGUUGAGAAAUCGAAACAGAUGGCCGAAUUCAGGUCGGUGGGUGAUCCAUUUGAGGAGUCGACACAACAGGGGCCUCAAGUUGAUGAGGAGCAAUUCAAUAAGAUACUGUCUUACGUGGAGGCAGGCAAGGUCGAAGGUGCUAAACUGGAGUUUGGUGGUGAACGUCAUGGCGACAAGGGAUAUUUCGUCAAACCAACUGUCUUUUCUAAUGUGACUAAUGAAAUGAGGAUUGCCAGAGAAGAGAUUUUCGGACCAGUCCAGACGAUCAUUAAGUUCAAGGACCUAGACGAUGCCAUAGGGAAGGCCAAUAGCACGCCCUACGGACUGGCCGCUGGGGUCAUUACAAAAGACAUCAAUAAGGCCAUGAUGUUUGCCCAGAAUGUCGAUGCUGGCAGCGUCUGGAUCAACUGCUAUGACAUGAUCACGCCUCAGACUCCAUUUGGUGGCUUCAAGCAGUCUGGACAGGGGAGAGAACUAGGAGAAUAUGCUUUAAAGGAAUAUACAGAAGUCAAAACUGUUACCAUGAUGAUUCCGGAGAAGAAUUCAUAAAAUUUGGGAAUGAAAAUGUCAACACUAGUCAAAAGAAUAAAAAUCAAAUGAAGUGAUUCUAGUGACAUGAAUAUUAUAUCCAAGCUAAAUCAAAGGAGAAAACAAACAGAGCGAGAAGAAUUCUUGAAUUCAUAGAAUUUGUGAAGGAAAGUGUUGAUUCAGUGACCAAAAAGGGAAAAAAAUUAGAUAAACUAAAAUGAGCAAUAUCGAAAAUGGACUCUAUAGAUAUUCAUACAGUAUGUAUUUAGUUAUAUAAUAUCAAAGUCACAAACCAGAAAAAAAAAAAAUAAUAAAAAAAUAUCUGUAAGGAGAGAAAUUCAGAAUUCAUAGAAUUUGUGAAUGAAGAAAGAAAAAAAACUUGAUGUGGAAAAAGACUCUAGUCUGCAGUGGUAUUUAUGAUAUCCAAGCUACGCCAGGGACAAAACAAUAAAAAAAAACAAUAUGUGGAUGGCAACGUCAUUAAUCA